AAAACUACAAGUGUGCUUUCUUCCUACUCUCCAAAAUACCUUUUACACAAAUUUCAAACUAGUACAAUCCCAAAAGUAAGAAGUUGGUAAUAGCUUACUUUUCUAUCAAGUCAUAGAAAAAAUCUUACAUAGCAACAUUCAUUAAAUUAAAUAUCAUAGUCUAAAAAAAAUGAAGGUGUGACAUGUAUGAUUCAAUAAUAAAAUUGUCCCUACACAUUUUCUUAUCAAAUCUUAGUUAACAUAACUUCUUUCCAUGUCUUGUCUCUCUCUCAUUAUAUUUUCCCUCUACCCUAUUUAAAUGGAGACACACCUAUAAUACUUUUCCUCAACCGUUUUCCACUAACCUUAGAAGAAUCUUAAAGUUUUGUCACCAAAUAUACCAACAAAAAUGACAAGAAAAUCUCUUGUGAUUUUUUCUUUGUUUCUUGAGGUUGUUUGUUUCAUUGUAAUUGGUGUUCAUGGUGAGAAGAAUGAACCUAUUGGCAAAAUUUCUGGUGAAAGUUAUCAUGAAACAAUAGAUAGAUUGAAAUCUUUUAGGAAAUCUUUAACAAGACAUGAUUCCAUUGCUUCAACACCUUCAUCUUCUUUCUCAUCUCCUCCUUCUCCUCAACCAAAUGAGGGUAUGAAUAAUCCAAGAGUAAUCCAAGUGACAUCCUAUGGUGCAGACCCAACAGGAAAUUCAGAUAGCACUGAUGCACUACUUGCAGCCAUGGCAGAUGCAGCAAUGCCAUCAAAUGAUCUAAAAGAAGGACAUUUGCUGGAAGGCAUAAAAGACCUUGGAGGUGCACAAAUUAAUCUUGAAGGUGGAAAUUACAUGAUCAGUAGGUCAUUAAUGUUUCCGGUAGCCGGCGUUGGAAACCUCAUGAUACAUGGAGGAACAAUAAAAGCCUCAGAUGAUUUUCCUAAUAAUGGCUACAUUAUUGAUUUAUCAAAUAUUUCACCUUCAUCAGCCUACAAUUUUGAGUACAUAACUUUCAAGGAUCUCUUAUUAGAUUCAAACUAUAGAGGAGGGGGUAUUUCUGUCAUUAACUCACUCAGAACAAACAUAGACAAUUGUUACAUUACACAUUUCAACACAAAUGGAAUUUUAGUCCAAAGUGGCCAUGAAACAUACAUAAGAAACACUUUCCUUGGCCAACACAUAACCGCCGGAGGAGAUAAAAACGAAAGGGAUUUCUCAGGAACAGCAAUAAAUCUCCAAGGUAACGAUAACGCUGUCACCGAUGUUGUAAUUUUCUCGGCUAAUAUAGGAAUUAUGGUAACUGGUCAAGCCAACACAUUUUCUGGUGUACAUUGUUACAAUAAGGCCACAGGAUUCGGCGGUACUGGAAUUUACUUAAAAUUACCUGGUUUAACGCAAACAAGGAUCGUGAAUUCGUACAUGGAUUAUACGAGUAUUGUUGCCGAAGAUCCUGUUCAACUUCAUAUUUCUAGUAGCUUCUUCCUUGGUGAUGCUAAUAUUGUGUUGAAAUCUAUGAAAGGUGUAUUAGAUGGUGUUACUAUUGUUGAUAACAUGUUUUCCGGAUCGGAUACCGGUGUUGAAAUUGUUCAUUUGGAUAAAUCUAAUAGUCCUUUUCAACAGAUUAAACAAGUUUUUGUUGAUAGGAACAUUGCUAGAGGGAUGAAUCUAAAAGCAACGGUUGCGAAAAGUUCUAUGCAAGGGAAUGGAACUUUAUGGAAUGUUGAUUUUAAUAACAUUCUUCUUUUUCCUAAUCUUAUUCAAAAUGUUCAAUACUCAUUGAGUUCAAAUGGUAGCAGUUUUCCUAAUCAUGUUCUUAGGACUGUGUCGGAUAAUCGCGUUGUGAUUGAAACAAAUGAAGCUGUUUCUGCGAAUGUUUUUGUCGCGGUUGAUCAAAGUGUGUCAAGUUGAAGAAGGUUUGAAGAAGUAACAUUGAAAGUAAGGAUUAGAAGUCAUGAAUUUGAUUGAAGAGGGAAAUGUGCAUACAUUUGGUUGAGAAGCUUUCAUUACUUUCUUUGGAUAAACCUUAGAAUAAAUUUAUUACCAUACUAUACAUGUAAUAAAUUUUUAUUGAAUCACAAAUUGUUCUGUAAGUGAUUGUUAAGUAUUUAAUAGAAAAACAACUCCUUAAAUGAAUUUUAGUUAUUUCGAGAGAAUUAGUCUCCACUUCGCGGAUGAUACAUCUGAUUUACAAAAAAAAAAAAA